CUUGCAACGGCGGCAAAGACCUCGUCGGCAGGCAGUCAAAAGCAACAAUUGACUCGGCGAACUCCUUCACCAACAAGCCUUGCACAGUGCUCAUCUCUACCACGAUACAGUCGAUAAUAUGAUACUGUUGCCUGACAUAGUUUCAGGCACUUCUUACCGCAGAAGUUAUGGAGGACCUUCAGCAGCAGCGUCGGUCUUGGCCUGAAACGCGCUAAGGGAGACAAACAGAACUCCCAGUCGAGCGCGCGACUCUGGCGGAUGGCUCAGUACGUGAACAGCCGUCUGGCCCCCGGCGUGCGGGAGGAUCCGCGCCUGGUGCGGGAGUCCUUGGACGUCCGAGCUAGUGCAGCCGUGGGUCGGCCUACAACUGCGUCUGCCGGCAACUGGGUCCUGGAGCCCAUCACGUUUGAGGGCCGUCCCUACCUGGUUGACCGGCGCACUGCGGCCGUGUAUGCGGACACCAAUGAGGACCAGUACCCGGAACUGGUUGGCAAGUGGGUGGACGGCCGCGUGGUGCUGCGCGGCCGCAACGUGGUGGUGGACCUGUUCUCCAGCCUGGACCGAUACCUGCGCGAGCAGAAGGUUAAGUUCUCGGACCUAUUCAACAGCUUUGACACGGACCGCAGCGGCACCCUGGAGAUCCGGGAGCUGGCUCAGCUGGUGAAGCAGCUGGUGCCGGGCGUGACGGUCGCGGAGGUCAAGUACAUCAUGGCUAUGCUGGACAGCAGCGGGGACGGGUCUGUGACGCAGCAGGAGUUUCUGUCGGCGGCUAAGGCGUCGCUGGACGCAGCGCGGCAGCUGGCGGCAGAGCGGGGCAUGGGCAACGCGGCAACGGCGGCCUCGCAGGUUCAGACAGCCCUGAGGGCUGUCACCGACUUCCUGCGCCAGAACCGUGUUAGCGCACGUGCGGCCUUUGAGAGCUUUGACACGAAUCGCAAUGGUCGCUUGGAGCCGCGUGAGCUGGCGCGCUUCUUUGCUAAGACGAUUCCAGGGCUGACAGAGCCGCAGCUGCGAUACCUGCUGGCGCACAUGUACGAGAUGGACGUCAACGGCGACGGCACGGUGUCGUUCGAGGAGCUGCUGCAUGCGCUGCGUGCGGCGGACGUGACGCGCGCCGGUGCCGGCAGCCCGGCCGCCGCUCAGUUCGCAGCGCCGGGUGCCGCUGGCAAGCCCCCCAUGUCGCGCCAGAUGACCAUUGCUGCCAUGCCUGGUGGGGAGCAGUGGGUGCUGCAGGACGUGCGCGACCCCAACACCGGUGCCUACCUGAAGCUGGACCCGGCCACUGGGUUGGUAUACCAGGAGCCAGUGCCGGGCGAGUGGCCGCAGGUGGUGGGCGUGCAGGACAGCACAGGCGUGCUGCGCCUCACGCAGCGGCGUGAUGACGGGGGUUUGUUCGCGGCGCUGGACGCCUAUCUGCGCACCAGCAAGGUUAAAUUCCGGGACAUGUUUGACCACUUCGACGCCGACCGCUCCGGCCAGCUGGACAUGGCGGAGCUGCGGCAGCUGGUGGCCACCAUCCUGCCCGGCUUUACGGAAGGGCAGCUCAACUACUUCCAGGCCCUGCUGGACAUCAACGGCGACGGCGGCAUCAGCUUUGAUGAGAUGAUGGGGGUGGCAAAGGAGUGCCUGGCAGCGGAGCGGGCCGCCAGCGCCAGUGGCGGGCAGCGCGACCCCUCAGUCAAGCAGGCGCUUGAUCGCUUCCAGGCAUACCUUCUGCAGUAUUCGACCAUCGCCAUUCAGCACUUCGAGGCGGCGGACCGCGGUCGCCGCGGUGCGCUCAAGUUCCCCGAGUUCGCGGGCUUCCUGCAGAAGCUGAUGCCCGACCUGCGGGAGAACCAGCGCCGCGCCAUUCUGUCCUACCUGUACGCGCAGGACAUCGACCAGAGCGGCAUGAUCAGCUGGCAGGUGCUGGCGCGCUUCAUGCGAGUGCCGCAGAUCGCGCAGCUGGCCUCCGCCUCAACCGCAGCCGGCGGUGCGGGCAGCGGUCGAAGCACGCCCGUGCAAAUGGCAUCGCCGGGCCUGCGCCGUGCAGCUACACAGGCGCAUCGCGUCACCUUCGAGGGGGACACCUGGCAGCUGGAGGAGGUGUCGUGGCGCGGCCAGCCCUACCUCAUCGACCGCCACACCAACCGCGUCUACCAAGAGGCCCAGGCCGGCGGCUGGCCGCGGCUGGUGGGCGUCUACCGCAACGGAGAGGUGGUCAUCCAGGACCGCGCCAUGGCCCAAGCCCUGUUUGAGACGCUGGACACGUACCUGAAGCAGAACCGCAUGAAGUGCCAGGAGGUGUUCGCGCACUUUGAUAAGGGCGCCAAGGGCUACCUGGAGCCGGCGGAGCUGGGGCAGCUGGUGCAGCACUUCCUGCCAAACCAGGUGAGCGCCGGCGACGUCAAGUACUUCCAGGUGAUGGUGGACCGCAACCACGACGGCCAAAUCACCUACGCCGAGUUCCUGGAGGCUGCCAGGAGCUCCCGCGCCGAGGAGCAGGCGGCGCGUGAGCGCAGUAUUGACGCCCGCACGGCCCUGCAGCUGGUGUCUGAGUACAUCCGCACCUCCGGGACCGAGGUGCGGGCCGCCUUCGGCCGCUUCGACUCCAACCGCAAUGGGCUACUUGAGCCUCGCGAGCUGGCCCAGAUGCUGCGCACCACCAUCCCCGGCAUCACCGACCAGCAGCUGCGCUACGUGUUGGCGCACCUGCACGGCUUCGACCUGGACGGUGACGGCUGCCUGUCGUACCGCGAGUUCUGCAUCGCCAUGCGCGCCGUGGACGUACGCAAGGGCACCAGCAGCGGCCGCGAGGAGCACCUGCAUGGCGACUUCAUGCGCAGCAAGAGCGUGGUGAUGGGGCCCGGCACGCAGCAGGCGGCCCUGGCGCGCACCGCCACUGCGCGCUCCUACGAGACUGAGGCGGACAUGGAGUGGCCGCUGCAGGAGUUCGCCUACAACGGCCACACACUGCUGCUGGACACGCGCACACAGCGCGUCUACUUCUCGCCAGACGGCCGCAGCUGGCCGCAGCUGCUUGGCAGGCUGGAUAACGGGCGCGUGGUGCGCAUGGCCGACCUGCGCCCCAACGAGCUGUGGACGCGGCUGGACACCUACCUGCGCACCAACAAAGUUAAGCUGCAGGAGCUGUUCGCCGCAUACGACACCGACCGCAGCGGCAACCUGCGCCCCAAGGAGCUGGGCCGCCUCAUCCGUGACCUGCUGCCGGACGUGGGCCGCGCCGAGCUGCACUACUUCCUGGCGAUGAUGGACGCCAAUGGGGAUGGGGCCGUGUCCUAUGAAGAGUUCUUGACGGCGGCACGCGACAGUCUCAAGGCCACGCAGCAGCUGUCGGGCGUGACGGGCGGCGCUGGCGCGCAGAGCGGCCUGUCCUUCCCGCCCGACGUGAUCUCGGUGCUGGAAGAGCUGUCGGCGCGGCUAGCGGAACAGCCCGCGCUGGCCAAACGCAUCUUCACGCAGGCUGACACCAACGGGGAUGGUACGCUUGACUUUGGUGAGGUGGGCAAGUUCCUUCGCUCGCUGAUCCCGGACCUGGGCGCUCGGCAGCUGCAGUACGUGAUGAGCUACAUGGCGCAGCUGGACAUCAACGGCGACGGCGUGCUGUCCUUCAGCGAGGUCAUGACGGGGCUGCACGCCUGGGAGCCGCGAGGCCCCAACGGCGUGUCCUUCGACCGCGCCUUCAACGCGCCGCCCGUGCCGCGCAACGUGCUGGAGGCAGUCAGCGGCGCCAACAAGCAGCUGCACCGCUCCGUGUCCAACGUGCUGCUGCAGGCGCGCAGCGUGGCGGGCGGCAACGCGUCCGCCUACACCACCAAGUGGGAGCUGCAGGAGUGGCGCUUCCGCGGCACCACCUACCUGCUGGACCCGCUGACGAACAUGGUGUACGCGGACGUGGCCGCCAGCGAGUGGCCGCAGCUGGUGGGGCGCAAGGUGGGCGAGGCGCUGCAGCCGCUCGACGGCUCAGCCACCAUCACCUUCUUCCGCAACCUAGACAGUUACCUCAAGGCCGAGCAAGUCAAGAUCGGUCAGCUGUUUGCGGAGCACGACCGCGGCCGCAAGGGCUACCUGGACCGCGCGGAGCUGGCGCAGCUGGUGCGGCGCGUCAUGCCCGAGGCCACGGACGCACAGAUCCGCUUCCUGGCCUGUGUGCUGGACGAGAACAACGAUAAGGUGGUGACGCAGCAGGAGCUGCUGGGGGCGGCGCGCAAGGUAGUGGAGCUGCUGCAGCGCCAGUCGCGAGGGGCCGCCGGCGGAGCGGCUGGUGGCAUCGGCGGUGCCAGCCCCGAGGCGGCGGCAGUGCUGGACCGCUUCACCCGUUACCUGCGUGAGAACCUGGACCGUGCCCGCCAGCUGUUUGAGCGGCUGGACAGCCAGCGGCAAGGCUUCCUGGACUACGACGGCGUGGCGGACUUCUUCAGGGCGCUAUCCCCCCGCAUCAGCGCAGAUGACCUGAGGUACCUGCUGGCGCAGGUGCACGUGUACGACGUGGAUGGAGUGGGGCAGGUCACGUUCGCGGAGCUACUGCGGGCCAUGCGCGCCGCCGACCUGCACAGUGCACGCGGCACGCACGCCAACUCCUGGGGUGCCAGGGGCCAGCGCGGCGCCGCGGCCUCCUACGACAUGCCGUCCACCUGGCGCCUGGAGCCUUACAGGUGGGGCGACCGGGAGGUGCUGCUGGACGCCGCCACACAGGUCGUGUACUCGCGCCCCACCGCGACGGGCGAGUGGCCGGUGCCGCUGGGCCGCCUCACCACUACUGCCAACGGCCGGCAGGCUGUGGUGGCGGUGCAGAGUGACGCGUACAUGUUCUUCAAGCGCCUGGAUACGUACCUCAAGGACCAGAAAGUGCGGCUGCGGCAGCUGUUUGACGCGGCGGACGCGGACCGCAGCGGCGCACUGGAUGGCCAGGAGAUCUCCAGGCUCAUCAGACACGUCAUGCCUGAUGCCAGCGUGCCGCAGAUCAACUACUUCUUGGCCAUGAUUGACGUGGACGGCUCCAACCGCGUCACGUACGAGCAGCUGCUGGAGGUGUGCCGCCAGGGCGUGAAGGCGGAGAACGACAUGGCCGGAGACAUGAGCGGCCUCACGACGGAGGCAGCCGCCACCCUGAAGCGCCUCAGUGACGCACUGGCGAGGGACCGCAACGGUGCCGUGCAGCUUUUUCGCCAGGCCGACCGUGACGGCAGCGGGCGGCUGGAGCCUCGCGAGGUGGCGGCGCUGCUGCGGCGCAUCAACCCCAACCUGCGGCCCGAGGACCUGCGCAUGGCGGUGGUGGUCAUGUUCCGCAGCAUGGACCACAACGGCGACGGCACACUCAGCUUCCAGGAGUUCAUGUGCGCCCUACGUGCUGUGGAGCUGCAAACGCCCGACCGCACGCUGCAGGCCGGCACCUGGGGCACUGCUGGUCGGGGCUACGCGGGCGCCGGCGCGGUGGCGGUGGCGGGCCGGCCUGCCGCCCGCGAGGCUAUCCUGACCAGCCUUGACCUGGAGGAGGUGGGCAUCCAGGGUCAGCGCUACCUGUACAGCCGCUAUAACAACACAGUGUACGAGGCCAUAGCGCCCGGGGCGCAGGUGGCCUGGCCCAAGGCGCUGGGUGUGUACGACCAGGGCACAGGCGGCGUGUUCCAGAGGGGCGCCGUGGCCUCCUCCGCGCAGCUGUUCACCGCACUGGACAACUACCUGCGCACGGCCAAGGUCAAGUUCCAUGACCUGUUCCUGCACUAUGACGCCGACCGCUCUGGCCGCCUGGAGCCGCGCGAGCUGGGCCGCCUGGUGGGCGACCUGCUGGGGCCGCAACAGGCAACCGACUCCGACGUGGCGUACUUUGUGUGCAUGCUGGACCUGGACGGAAGCAGGAGCGUCACGGAGCAGGAGUUCUUGACGGUGGCCAAGGAAUUCAUAUCACUGGAGAAGCGCGCGGCGGAGUGGGGCAGCCCCGUGGGCGAGGAGGUGCGGCGCUGCCUGGACUCGGCAUCCAAGUACCUGAACGCCGACAAGGAGGGCGCAUACAACAUCUUUGUGACGCACGACACAGACCAGGACGGCCGCCUGACGCUCAUGCAGAUUGGCAAGCUCAUGACGGACCUGUUGCGCGGCCAGCGCGCCGCGACGCGGCAGCUGCACUACCUGCUGACACACGCACACAGCUGCGACAUUAUGAAGCAGGGCCGCUUCACGUUCAAUGAGGUCCUCAUCGCCUUCAGGGCCAUCCCUUGCCGCUACCCCGGUGGCUCGCUGCGCCCCGGUUUCGCGGUGGCGGCCCGAGGCGCCGCCCCGCUUUCAGCCUUCUCCCAGCUGGAGGCGUUCCAACACAACGGACUCACCCUCUACCGCGACCCCGACACCGGCCUGGUGUACAGCAUGGUGGACGACCGCCGCUCCGCGCCGCACCUGGAGCUGGCAAACUUCCGCACCAGCCCCGGCCGCACCGGCACUGUGCUGGGCGGCGGCCGUGGCGGCAACCCUGCAGAGCGCCUCUUUGUGGCCCUGGACGCGGCGCUCAAGGAGCAAAGGGUCCGGCUGCGCGACGUGUUUGACCGCUAUGACACCAACCGCUCCGGGCGGUUGGAGAUGCGCGAGGUGGGCCGCCUCAUCCGGGACCUGGUGCCGGACGCCUCAGACGCCGACAUCCGAUACAUCUUGGGCAUGCUGGACUACGACGGCGACCAUGCGAUCACGUUUGACGAGCUGGUGGCUGGGGUGAAGGAGAUCUGGACGGCGGGCCGUGCGCUGGUCGGCCGCGGCGGCCAGAAUGAGGUCGGCGUGAUAGAGAAGCUACUGGAGCGCAUUGCCGGCUACCUGCGUAGUCAGCGGGAGAGCGCGCAGGACACGUUCCUGCGUUUCGAUACCAACGGCAACGGCAAGCUGGAGCCGCGCGAGCUGGCGCGCUUCAUGCGGGCCUGCCUGCCCGAACUCGCCAGCAUUGAAGUCAGGGAGCUGAUCACCUACCUCCACUCACUGGACGCCAAUGGCGAUGGCGCCCUGUCGUUCACGGAGCUCAACCACGCGCUGUACGCCCUGGACCUGGGUCUGCCGGACGGCCGCCGUGUACGGGGCCGAUUCGUGCCCAAGACGGCUGGUUCCAAGGCGUCUCUGGGCCGCGGCGCGGUGCGUCCCUUCAAUGACGUGCGCGACUGGCGGCUGGAGCCGUGGCACUGCGCCGUGGAGGGCCGCGACCUGUGGUUGGACCCCGUCAGCAGCCUGGUGUACCUGCCCACGGGCGGCGCAGCUGGUGCAGGUGCAGGCUCAGGCGGUCGGGACUACAGGGACAGGGACCGUGAUCGCGAUCACAGGGACCGGGACUUCAAGGACCGGGAUGCUGGCAGGGGUCGGCCGGCAGCUGGCGACGCCGGCGAGGUGGGCGGCUGGCCGGUGCUGCUGGGCGCCCGGCUGCCGGACGGCGGGGUGCACCGCCUGGAGAGCACAAUCAGCGCUCGGUUCUUCGCGGCACUGGACCGCAAGCUUAAGGUGGAGCGGCUGCGGCUGGAAGACGUGCUGGGCGAGUACGACCGCGACGGCAACUCCGGGCUGGACGAGCGCGAGCUGGGCCGCCUGGCGCGCAACCUCAUGGGCGAGGAGCUCAGCAGCCUGGGCGUCAAGUACCUCAUGGCCGCGCUGGACCUAGACGGCGACCGGCUGGUAUCGCGUCAGGAGGUGGUGACCGUGUUCCAGCAGCUGGGGGCGGCAGGCACUCGUAUCGCCGGCCUGGCCGAGCCGGGUGUGGUGGACCUGCUCAACCGGCUCAGCACUGCCGUGGCUCGGAACGUGCGCGCCGCCUGGGAGCGCUUCUGCCGCGCCGACAGCAGCAGCAGUGGCGCCCUGGAGCCGCGCGAGCUCAAGUGGUUCCUGGAGGGGCUGCUGCCAGGCUGCACGCCAGAGGACCUGCGCACUGCGCUGACCUACCUGCACCUGCUGGACGUGAACCAGAACGGCCGCCUGGAGUGGCGAGAGCUGCUCGUCGCACUGAGAGUCAUCCCAGUGCGCACGCCCGCCGGUGUGCUGCGCCCGCCGCAGCCGCCCUUUCGUGUGCGGCGCGGCGGCUACAAUGACCCGCAGUAUGCACAGCAGCAGUCGCAGUACAACGACUACGACCGCCCUCGCGACGGCUAUGACCGGGGAGAGUACCGCAGCGAUGAUGACCGAGGCCGCUAUGACCGCGACCGGGGCGGCUACGACCGUGACCGCGACCGCCAGCGCUACAGCAGUGAAGGCGAGGUUGACGGCCGCCGCGGCCGUGGCGACCGGGACAGGGAGCGCGACCCGGCCGCCGCCAUAUCCGACCGCGAGUUCGUCAUGGAGCUGCGCCCCGCGGGCGGCCGCAGCGCCAGUGCUGGGCGCCGCCGGAGCAGCUCUGACCACCGCGACCGCGACGCCGGCGGCAGCGGCGGCCAGCUGCGUGACCCGGACACCGCGCUGCUGUAUUCGGCUCCGGAUGUUGGUUAUGGCAAGGGCGCCUGGCCGCAGCUGGUGGCGUAUGACGACGCCCGCGACGGCAAGCGGCCCGUUCCUCCUCUGCCUACGUGGCCUCUGCUGUUGGACCUGGAAGACGUGGCGCGGGCCGACCCCGACCACCUGGUGGACCUGGCGGGCAGGGCAGCAGGUGGCAGCAGCAGUCGCAGCAGGAGUGGCGGGUCGGGCGACACGCUGGACUCACGCGCGGCGGCAUCUGUGCUGCUCAAAGCUGCGGGCGAGAGCGGCAGCCGGCAGCGGCCCGAGGCCUGGGUGGAGCCGCUGCUGCGCGGCAUGAUGGAGGUGAUGCACGACCGCGGUGUGCGGGUUCGCAAGCUGCCCAAGGACGCCGAGGCGCUGGCGGCCGCGUACCGGCUGCUCACAGACGCCAGGGAGGGCACCGCCCUGCUGCGGGACGUGGCGGCCAGCCUGAGCCGCGAGUACCGGCAGGUGGUCAAGGCCAUGCGUAAACGGGCCAUACCUGACGACCGCAGCAGCCGUAGCAGCGGCACGGGCGGUGUCGGUGGGGGCGACGGCGCGCUGCUGCGACUGCCUGAUGUGCGCGACAUCCUGCAGGACUGCCUGCCCGAGGUGCUGGGCAGUCCUGAUGCUGCCAUGGCCGCGCUCCUGUACCUGCUGUACCACACCCCGCACUGCCUGGCCCGUGGCGGCCGCGAGCUGUCUGUGGGCUGGAAGGACGUGUUCAAGGCCUUCCGCGCCAUCAAGUGCCGACACCCGGACGGCACCUCGCGUGUCGGCAUGUGGGAUGCGGAGGAGCUGGCGCGGCGUGAGGAUGGCUCUCGCUCCGCCUCUGCCUCUGACUACUCCUCAGACCCCGAGCAACGCAGCCAUAACCGGGCCAGCGGCGGGCGGCGUCGCUCCUCUUCUUACGGCGGCACAGGCCGCGACCGCGAUGUCGCCGGCGACUACAGCGGCAGUGGGGGCGGCCGGCGCCACCGGCACCACCCCCGCCAGCCGCAGCCCACCGAGUAUGACCGCUAUUAUGACAGCCGUGACUCACGCGGGCACCAUCACCACCACCGGCACUCCUCGCCCGGGCACUGGGACGUGCGGGCGGCCGGCGGCGUGCCGUACCCGCCGCAGUACGGACCCCACGGCUACCUUGUGGACCCCCACAUGGACCCCGAGGCCGUGGCUGCUGCGGCUGCAGCCAUGGCGGGUGGCGGCUUGGACCCGGCUACUGCUGCGGCGCUGCAGCAGGCGGCCAAGCUGGGCCGCAAGCUCAGCUACAGCGCUGCACACGCUGCAGUGUCGCCCGCUGAAGACCCGGCGGUGGCGGCUGUGCGCAAGCGCAUGGCCAGCGACCUGCGCAUGUCGAAGGCUGUGGCCAGCCCCUCCGCCCGCCGCCUGAACCUGAGCCUGCGCGAGCUGUCGCGGCGCAAGGUGCACCCGGAGCGGCGGGUGGUGAACCUGGAAGCGUACACGGCACCGGACGGCAAGCAUUACAGCCUAGAUCCCGCCACAGGCCUGGUGUACUAUCUGACGGCGGGCCAAACGGACGAGUACCCCGAGCUGGCCGGCAAGCUGCGGCCCAGUGGCGAGCUGGUGCUGGGCGGCGGCAGCAGUGCGCCGCUGCAGGCCGUGUUCGACUCACUGCGCAAGCUGGACGAGUCCAUGCUGGUGCAGCUGUUCAAGGCAUACGACAGCAACAACAACGGCACGCUGGAGCUGAAGGAGCUCAUGGCGCUGCUGCGGGACGUGGCGGGGCUGCCGUACGCGGAGGCGGGGCUGGUGCAGGCGCUGCUGGAUGUGGACCUCAGCAACACGCUCACACUCAAGGAGUGGGUGGAGGGCAUCCGCGCCUCCACAGACUCGCUGGAUGCAGUGGCCACCGCAUACAUGGGUGGAUACAUUGGGGGCGCGGGUGGCGGCGGCGGCGUGGGCGUGAGCCGGGCCCAGCGCGCUGCGCUGACGGUGCUGGCUGCUGUCAGCGCGCAGGUGGCGGCGGACCUGGAGGUGUUCUGGGCCGCAUACGCCCGAGCAGACAAGGACGGCAACGGCUACCUGGACGUGGCCGAGAUGGCCCGCUUCUUCAAGGACCUGUUCCGCGACAUGCCGCCCUACGACCUCAGGCUGCUGGUGGCGCACUGCUUCACCGCAGACCUGGAGAAGGACGGAAUGGUGCGGCCAGACGAGCUGCUCCAGCACCUCAGGGCCAUCCCGCUCAAGGCUCCUAACGGCGUCACGCACCGGCCAGGCUUCCGUGUGCCAGCUGUGGGCGCGGGCCGCAGCGGCCUGAUGGACUCCAUCAGCACAGCCAACCGCAACGCGCGCUUCACAUACGCCAGGAACCUAUCGGUGGACGUGCCUGACAAUGUGUCGGUGAUGACGGAGCCGCUGGCCGCCAAGCUGCCGCAGGGCCACGCCUUCCCGGCGUACCCUGCCUCGCCACUGGGCGCCGCCAGCCUCAUGUCCCUGGCUGCAGGCAUGCCCGGCACCCCUGCCGGCGCCGCCUCCCUGGCGGCCAUGUCAGCGGCGGCUGGCGGGCUGCCGUACGUGCCCGUGCCUGUGCCCAUGAUGGGCGGGGCGGCGGGCAUGCUGGGGCCUCUGGGCGGGCUGCCCGCCAUGAUGGGACAGCCGGGUGUGGGCGGCGUGGCGGCGCCUAUCCAGGGCUUCCUGCUGCCGUACCAGCAGGACAUGUACCAGGCACUGUACGACAGACUCGCGCACCGCUCCAGUGCCCACAGCGUGUCCUCCCGGCGCACCACACGCGCCUCCGACGGCGGCAUGGCGCCGCCCCCUGUGGAGGACAUCCACACGCCGCUGUCCUCGGACGGCGAGCCCGACGACACGGUGCCGCACCCGCACUACCCGCCGGACCCGGGCGCACUGGCCUACGACCACAUGCCCUACGUGGAGCAGCCGCCGCCCACACACCGCCGUAGCACCUCCGGUCGCCGAAGCCGCUCCACGCACUCGGGCGUGUACGCGGGUUCGCAGGGCGGCCACAGCAGCUCCGGCGGUUACGGUGGAGCCGGCGGUUAUGGGUACAGCGGCUAUGACGCGUCUCAGGCCCCACCGCCGCCGCCGCCCCCCGAGGCCAGCCAGUACGACCAGCAGUACCGGGGCUCGCCGGGUCGCGGCCCGGUGCAGGGCGGCAGCGGCUUCGGCACCCUGAUGGAGCUGCAGCGCGUGGUGGGGCAGUCCCCUGCGGCGUUCCGCGGCCAUGUGAUGGCGUAUGCGAAGAAGGUGGCUGGCUCCCCGGGCGCUCGCAGCUCCUACAGCUCAGUGACGCGCGGGCCGGCCGUAAUCUAUGUGGUGCCGCGAGCGGCCCUGGGUCAGCUGGUGAACCGCAUCUACCCCGGCCUGCGCGAGCCGGAGCUGCGCUACACCACCGACCUGCUGGCCGCCUGCCUGCCCUUCAACACCGCCAGCUACACGGAGGAGGACCUGGGCUUCGCCAUUCGCCAGGGCGCCUCCGUGGAGCGUGCGGUCGCAGAGCGGCGCCUGCCCCAGGACGUGGCGGCGCUGGCGGCCCAGAUGGCGGACGACGUCAACGGCAAUGCAGCCUUCUCCAGGAACGCCUUCCGUGAGGCUGACCGCUACCGGCGCGGCUACCUUCCGCUGCGGGAGCACAUGCGGUUACUGAGCCGGCUGGCCUCAGUGCCGCCGCACGCACAGGCCUGGCUGGCGGCCGGAUUGGCGCACUACGCCAAGGAGGCCAUGGGGGGUGCGGCCGACAUGACGUACGCGGAGCUGGGGGUGGCGCUGACAGCGCUGUCGCGGCCGCUGGGACCACCCCAGGCGCCCUACGUGGACCCGUCCGGUGCGGCCUACCCCUACACCGCUCCCAGCCACCCCUACAACGCGCCCUUCGGCCCCGACCCCGCAGGCUAUGGCAGCGCGGGCGGUGCCUGGGGCGCGCCCGGUGCGCAGGCUCGGGGUCUGUCGCCCUACGACCAGCAGCCCUACGGCCAGGCGCCGUACGGCCAGGCGCAGGGCCCGUACCAGCAGGCCCCGUAUGGCCAGCAGCCCUACGGCUAUCAGGCUGACCCGCGCUUCCCAGAUGCCAGGUCCAUGCCUCCCUCACCCGGCGGCGGCCCAGCAUACGGCCAAGGAUAUGGCCAGGCACCGGCGGGCUACCCACAACAGCAGCCGCCACCAACCGGAUAUGGACCCCCAGUCCCUGGGUACGGGAACCAAGCCCCCGGCUACGGGCCCCCUUCACCCGGUUAUGGGCCCCCGUCUCCGGGCUACGGGCCGCCUUCGCCUGGUUACGGUGCCGCACCAGCACCCGGGCCCUACAACUCACCACCGCCAGCUGUCCCAGGCUACCAGCAGGCUCCAGGGUUCUACAACAGCCCGCCCUCGCCCUUCAGCCCGCCUGCCGGCCCAGGGGGUUACGGCGCCACCGGUACCUACAGUGAGCCGGGCAGCCCCAACGGCCCCGGCUACGGCCACGCCUACCCGCAGGUGCCGCCCGCGGAGCCCGGCGCCCUGGGUGGCUCGGGCACUGCGGGGUCGGCCUACUACAUGUGGACGCACUCCAACCGGCAGGCGGUGCUGCAGAAGCACAUGUCUGAGGUGAUGAAGGGGCGUGUGCUCGAGCUGGACGUGCAAAAGGGCGCGCUGGAGAAGGAGACGGGUCUGCAGCACAAGAUACUGGACCUGCAGACCAAGCUGCUGCAGAACGAAACGGCCCAGAAGGAUGUCCUGGCCCUCAUCCAGAGCUACACCACCGCGGGCACUCCGCCGGUCAGUGUGCAGGACAUGGUGGGCCGCAUCACCACCACACUCAAGGAGGCCAUCCAGCUGGCCAAGGCGGGAGCGGCCACCGGAGGAGUGGCGCCGCCUCCCGGACCGCCGCCUGCCGACUUUGACGCGCUGCUGGACGCGCUGACCAAUGCGCGCUGGGUGAGCGGCCAGCCCGUGAGCCUGGACACACUGCGGGCGGCGCUGAACCUGAGGCGGGAUGCCUUUGCACUGCGGCGGGCACACAACGCGGCCAUGAUGGAGCUGGAGGGCAAGAAGAUGGGAACACAGCUGGUGGGCCUGGAGGCACAGCAAGCCAUGGCCAUUCAGCUGCAGCUGCUGCAGGCCCAGCUGCAGCGCCAGGCUCAGGAGCUGCAGCAGCGGCUGAUGAUGGAGGCGCAGAUCAUCGCGCGAGCCAACGCCGAGCAGCAGGGCGGUGCGGCGGGAGCUGCGGGCCUGCCGGGGUUGCUGCUGCCGCCCGCGCACGCCGGCAGCAGCGCCGCCAUGAUGGUGGGUCUGGACGGCGCCAGCCGCGCCGCGGCCGCACACGCCGCCGCCACACAGGCCGCCGCCGGCAUCAGCGCCAGCACCGCGGCCCUGAUGCAGGCCACCGUGGGCAGUGCCGGCUCACCCGUGGCGGGGCAGCUGCUGCCGCUGUCUCCAGGGGGCACCCCCAUGAUGGGCGGUGCGGCGCUGCCCGCGUACACAGUGGCCAGUCCGCACAUGUCGCCCGCGUCCUCACCGCACCUGGGCGGGACGGCGGCGUCCAUGAUGAUGAUGACGGGUGGGUCGGCGCUGGGCGCAGUGGGCAGUCCACCGCUGGCGCUGUCACCGCGCACCUGGCAGAUGGAGCCGGUGGGGGCCAUGUCCAUGCCUAUGUCCGCGUCGCCCAUGCGGCGGGCCAUGGCCGUGUCCGGGGGUGGGGCUGCCACGGCGGCGUCAACCGGCCACCCUGUGGCUGGGGCAGUGUUUGCGGCGCCAGCACGGGACUGAGGGACGGAGAGGCGCGCGCGGUUAACAUGGGCCGGGAAUCGUCUUUUACAACUGCUGGUACCCGUGGCUUGACAGAUGUUGACCCUGUGAUCCUGGUCUGAGCUCGAAUCUAAAGAGGUCACAUUGGAUACGCCCCCAGCGUGCUAUGGACAUCGCAAUGUUCCAUACCCAGUGAGCGUUGCGUGGGUGCGUAAUAUGAUAUGCCGACGAGUGGUAUUGUUUAGUGAGCGUUGAUUCUUCGGGAAAGCUUGAUGGGCUCAUAUGGAGGCGCGAGCACAAACAAUAUAUAAUGAUUCAUGGUUGGACAAGGCAGACUGCUGAAUAACUUCACUUGGCAACGGGAAUCAACUUGUCAGCGGGGCGUUUUGCGGGAGCCCCCUGCUGCUGCCGUAUGCCGGCAUUGUGGCGGGUGACAGCGGUGGCCACGUCCUCAUCCCGGUAUGUGCCCCCGCCGGCGGACGAGGUGGACGAGGAGCCGCCCCGCAGCCGAGUCGUGCUGAAUCCGCCCCACAA